GUCCGAUGCCUCCGGCCCCCCUCCCCGCGCGGGGGUGGGGGAGCGGGUGAGGUGCCUCGGUCAGCACGCGGAGAGGGCCUGUGGGCGCCCAUGAGAGGGGAGGCGGCUGGAGCUGACCCGCAGGGGCGCACGGACUCCGGGCGGGGCGGGGACCGACGCGCGGGCGGCCGGCGCAGUCGUCCCGGGGCGGGGCCUGCUCCCCCAGCUGCGGGCGCUGCAGACACCAGGGGCUGGGCCGGCGGCGUCCAGAUGCGGCGGCGGCGGCGCGGAGCUCGGGCGGCUGAGGAAGAGCCCAGUCCCCGCCGCGGGAGGCGCCGGGAGCCUCGCCGCCAGGAGUCGCGCGACAGGUUUCCUUCCUUCUCACGACUCCCAGCGUAGGACCGGCGCCCGCGCAGGACAGGGCUUCCCGGUCGCGCGCUCGGUCCAGUUCCUGGCAAAAUGAAGGACCGGCUGGCCGAACUUGUGGAGUUAACCAAGAACUAUGACCAGCAGUUCCCAGACGGGGACGAUGACUUGGACUCGCCCCACGAGGACAUCGUGUUCGAGACGGAUCACAUCCUGGAGUCCUUGUACCGAGACAUCCAGGACCUUCAGAAUGAAAACCAGCAGCUGAUGACCGACGUGAAGCGGCUGGGAAAGCAGAACGCCCGCUUCCUCACGUCCAUGCGGCGCCUCAGCAGCAUCAAGCGCGACACCAACUCGAUUGCCAAGGACAUCAAGGCCCGGGGCGAGAACAUCCACCGCAAGCUGCGCGCCAUGGAGGCGCUGAGCGAGGAGGCGGAGGCCCGGCACGGCCCCAACUCGGCGGUGGCGCGCAUCUGGCGCGCGCACUACAGCGCGCUCACCCGCACCUUCCAGAGCGCCAUGCACCAGUACAACCAGGCCGAGAUGAAGCAGCGCCACAACUGCAAGAUCCGCAUCCAGCGCCAGCUGGAGAUCAUGGGCAAGGACGUGUCGGGCGAGCAGAUCGAGGACAUGUUCGAGCAGGGCAAGUGGGACGUGUUCUCUGAGAACUUGCUAGCCGACGUGAAGGGCGCGCGGGCGGCCCUCAACGAGAUUGAGAGCCGCCACCGCGAGCUGCUGCGGCUGGAGAGCCGCAUCCGCGACGUGCACGAGCUCUUCCUGCAGAUGGCGGUGCUGGUGGAGGAGCAGGCCGACACCUUGAACGUCAUCGAGCUCAACGUGGAGAGGACCCUCGACUACACCGGCCAGGCCAAGGCGCAGGUGCGCAAGGCGGUGCAGUACGAGAAGAAGAACCCCUGCCGGACCCUCUGCUGCUGCUGCUGCCCCUGCCUCAACUAGCAGGUCGGCCCCGGCCGCGAAACACCCCGGGGAAGAUCUGGGGGGCCGCGGCGCAGGGCUGAGUUGCCCCAAGUCCUAGGGGCUUCUUAGAGAAAGAAGAAUUUUCAGGUGCGAGAAUUCCCACCCCGCUUGUGUUUGGGAAGGGGGCUCAUGCCACCCCGUGCUUCUCCGGUGAGGACAGAUCGCCAGGGCGGUUGUGGGAGGGCAUUAUAUGGCACGUGGCACCCUUUCCCUCUUAACGGAAGCCCAACAAAGAACUUGACGUUGUAGCUGACUGUGCCGUAAAUGUCCGGGGCAUGCUUCCUAACGACUCUCUAGACGGAAGUCGGUUCUGCACUGGCUGAUAGUAUGAACUCAUUAUCAAAACUUAAAUUCCUUUACCUUUUCCUGAAAGUGCCUUGGUUCUGUUCAAUUUCACAUGACAUGGAUCUUGAGAAAAACUGUACAUCUUUCAUUUCUGAGUCUUCAUCUGCCUUAUCCUGUGUGAUUCCUGCCCAGGUGUACACCUUCUUUCUGCCCACCUCCCCUACUUAUUAAAAUCACGCUUAACACUCAUUAUUUCCUCAUCUCUUUCGCUUUUAACAUCUGCCAUCAGAAUAUCUGUUGGACUUUUUCCAAAGAUUUUUAAGCACUGAGUUUUGAACACGUACUCAAAUUGAAGUAUGUUAUCAGUCAUAUUUUAUAUAUUUUUCAUAAAUAAUUUAAAAUUUAUCUUUUUACUUGAUAAUACAAAUGCACACAAAUCCGUAAAUAUAAAGUACUAAUAUUAACACAUGUACAUAAUGACCAGUUGGUUUAACUUGACUUUUGUAAAUAUGGUCUAUAAAUAUCAAGAGCAACACUUUUACUGGUCAUUGGUGUUGGUUUGCUUGUUUUGAGUUUAUCUCACUCCCAUGCCCAUAGUCACAAUUCUAUUUUGAACCAUUCUGUGUUGGUCGUGGUGGUAGAGACAGAUGUCAAAGGCGAAAAUGCAUACAGAACUGGAGAUAAUAAAAUAACAUUCUUGGAAAUACUACUUUUGUUUUACUGUGGACCAUUCCUUUCAUGUACUGAAAUGGAGUAAUUUAAAAUAAAAUUUAGCUUAAUAAACAUUACACUAUAACAUCCCCUUUGUGUAUUUUUAUCUUGGCCAUUUAAAUCUUAGUUUGCUUUUUCAAUUAUUAUUCUUAAAAAUUAUUCUACUAGCUGCAUGAGGCUGCAACA